CAUUUUUACUUUGACACAAGGUAUCAUAGUUUGUUUAUCAUUACUUCACUUUUAGUUAUGUUAAAACAUUAACAAAAACAAAAUUGCAAUUUAGAAAUAUGUUCACAGUUUUGGGGAGAUUCGGAAAGGCAUGUCCCAAAAUGGGGCCUAACAUUUGUGACCAUGGCGAGUGUCAGCCACGUGGACAUCUGUUUGCCUUGAAGGCAGGGAAUUUAUUACAUAAUGGGUCGGUGGGUUUUAAGAAAACCGUGGAUUGCGACAAAGAUAUACGGAUGACGAAGCCCACAUCCAAUUGUAAUAAAGAGAAGACCUUGUGCCAACCGCUCUCUACCGACGGCGAUGAUGCGGAAGCUUGUACUGCACAUACAUCUCACAAAUGUGAGGAAGUCGAAGAUCCUUAUAAAAUGUUUAUUAAGAAGUUCAUGGGCAUAUCAAAAAAUAUAUCCUUUGAUAAUGCCAUCAAUGUCAUGCAGACGGCACCAAUCGAAAAACAGCGUGUCUCAAAAAAUGAGGAGCCUUUUUUUGGGGAAAAGGUGCUCGCCUCUAAUAUGAACGGAACUUCCGAAAAAAAGGAGAUUACCGACACAUUCAUUGCCUCUAGUGAAACAGCAGUUUAUCCAAACAAGGAGAGCUUUACCGCAUUCAAUAAGGAAGCAACUGCCUCCAAUCAAAAUUCUAGUCAAAUAUGGAAUGCCUCCAGGCAAAUCGUAACUAAGGAAGAGACUAGAUUCUGUGAGUAUCCAAAUGCUUUAUUUGAUAAAUCAGUCGACCGCGGCAAGGAAAAUGCGGCUAUCAUAAAUUUGACUGCAACUGAUAAUAGCUCGACUAGUUUAGAAGACAUGGCAAUUUCUGAAAGUUCCACUUGUUCGGGUUGGGCCCACUUGUGUGUAAACUUAACAGAUUUCAAUAAUAAGAGUUCUUCCACUGCCGACUCUGAAAACAUGCAUGACUCUCAUAAGAUAGAGAAUGUCCGGUCAUCUGGAACGGAACGCACUGCCCCCUCUCAGAAGCCCACAUCUAAUAAUGAGGAAACUACGGCUUAUGAGUUCUGUAUAGCAUCGAAUGCCAACUUUGAAACACCGUCCACCUCUAUUAAAACGGAUCAAUCUUCCACAACAAUAUCUUCUGAUUUCUGUGGACAUCCGAUAGUUUUCAAAGAAGUCACUACCUCUAUAAUUGACUCGUCUUAUGGGGAACCAAAAGGCUCUAAUAAUAUAGAGAGUUGUUUAACUCAUGCUAGCUCCAGAACAGAGCAAUCUGAUCAAAAUCAGAGUACCAUCAGCCAAUCCAGUGAAAAAUUAGGCGUCUGUAGCACGAAGGGGAAUACCGUCAAUCCAAGUUUAUUUUGUAAAGAUCCUUUAGACUCUAAUAAAAUAGAGACUUGUGUAAAGCAGACCAUUUGUGGAUCAGAAACAUCAGGUCAAAUAGAGAAUGACUGCAACAAAAUUAAAAGUAAAUGCGGAACAUCAGCGAACAGCUCUACGCAAAUAAUGACUUCUAUUAAACAGCCGGUAACGUUCAGUAGACAUCUGAUUGUUUUAUGUGAAAAAGUAUCUGGAUUCUGUGGCAAGCUACUUGUUUCGAAAAAGAAAGCACAUGUCGAUACUAAAGAUGUUCUGCCCAGCAAAAAACCAAGUAGCAAAGCUUAAUAAUGAAAUAGACAUAUUUUUAGAUUAUAUAAAUUCAUAGCUAAUAUAAAACCACAUUUUCUUAUUGUAGA